AAAACAAACAUGGCGUCCCUCUGCAGCGACGAGUGGAUAGCAAUCUGCGAUAAAUUUACCAACGCCCAAAACUUGACUGAAGUAAAAUCCCGAACCGACCCAGAAAAUGACCCCUAUCGCUCCAAGUACAAAGCCAGAGACCUCCUCCGGGAGAUCCAUUGCUCGCUGAAGAGUUUCGAUGCCGGUGAUGGGGAGGAAGACGUCGGGGCGCAGGGCGGUGACCAACCUCCGACCGAGCUGCCGGUGGACGGUCAGCUCGAGGGAAUGUUCGAGCGGGGCUCCAGCGGCGACUCGCCAUCCGGACAAAGGACGGCGAGGCUCUCGGCUGUGGAAUAUUACCUGGGCGUGAACCAUGUGGACACGGAGGAGCUGUCGGCUGGCCAAGAGCACCUAACGAACUGCAUGAAACUGCUGGAGAAAUGCAGAGUGUCGAACGAAAAUGUGUCUUUAUUCAUCCAUGUCCGGAACCAACUGGGUAUCCUCUGGGCAGGUCGGGGGGAAACUGAGACUGCACAGGGAUUCCUGGAAAUGGCCGAAGCAAUCUACCUGCGUUAUAUGAAGGAGGAUGGAAGUCCUCCCACUGAUCUGGUGGAGUAUUUUACUACCAACGAGAAGCUGCUGACACAUCAGGAAAAGAACAAAAAGUUCGAAUUGGCCUACACACACACAAUGUAUUACCUUGCUCAGGUCUAUCAAAACCUUGGUCAAACGGAGCGAGCUGCCACUUAUUGCCACAGCACCCUGCAGAGACAGCUGCAGUUAGGUCAGUUCAAUCCAAUCGAGUGGGCUCUCAAUGCCGCUACGCUGUCACAGUAUUACAUCACAAAGGGGCGAUACAUGGAGAGUAGACACUGCCUCUCAGCAGCCACCGUUAUAUCUGGUUUAGCAGGAGAUGUUCCCUCGGAGGCUGCCGCGCAAGAGAGUGAGGUAGAGAGCGAGCGUCGGGAUCAGCUGAGGCAAAAGCGAGCCGAGAUUGCAAGAUGCUGGAUCAAAUACAGUCUCAUUCUCCUUGAAGAUGCCAAGAAAGCGCUGGAGGACAACAUUGGGGAGCUGGAUACUGAUCUUCAGGAGGAGUUGAAGAGGAAGAGGAGGCUUGAGGUGGAGGAAGAAGAAAAGGGCAGGAAGAGCGCUCAGUUGUUUGGCUCCGAGGACACUUUUGAUUCCAUCGCAAGCAUGGAGGAGAAGGUGAGCUGCUUGCUCCCACUGGACUUCACCGAGGCCAGGAAUGUAUUUUUGGUGGGACAGAACUAUGUCACACAGGCUAAGGAGUACUUUCAGAUGGACGGCUAUGUGACGGACCAUGUUGAGAUCCUACAGGAUCACAGCUCACUCUUCCGGGCUCUGGCCUUCUUUGAGGAGGACGUGGAGAGACGCUGCAAGAUGCACAAACGGCGUGUUGAUAUGCUGGAGACCAUCUGUCUCGAACUGAACGCCCAGUACUACCUCAUGAUCCGCAGACAGUUGAUGUUUGAGCUGGCCGAGAUCUACAACGAAAUGAUGGACUUGAAGCUGACUCUGGCGAACAGAUUGGCUGACACACAGUCUCUUGAUAGCCACAACAUAAAGAAAUUCAACAGUCUAUGCAUUGCCUCCAACAAGUACUACCAGAUGUUCCUGGAUUCUCUGCGCUCUCCAGAGGGGAAAUUUCCCGAGCACAUGGAGACGGAGGUGAUCAGACCGGCCCUGGUGGCCCGCUUCCGAAUGGCCCGAAUGCACAGCCGCAUGAUUUGCUCUCUCCCGAGUACACAGCUGGACAACCUCAACAACUCACUGGAAAACUACAAAUACGUUGUAGAGUACUGUGAGGCCCACCCCGAAGCCGCUGCCAUUGUGGAGACGGAGCUGGAAUUGAGUAAGGAGAUGGUCGGCCUGCUUCCUCUUAAAAUAAACCGCCUCAAAGCGAGGAUGGCCGCUAACAACUAAAUUUGGGGCAAUUCAGAAUUUGAAUUGAUCAUUUAUCGUUCGUGACGUCUGUGCAUGCUAUGUGCAGUUCAGUGAAUGAUCACAUGCAAAAAAAAACACAUUUAUUCCCAUCUUCAUAACCUUGCGCACAUGUACUACCUUGAAAGCCAUUCUUACUUUUCUGGGCUUGCCAUUGGCCCGGCAGUAUGCUGGGCGGGAUAAGGCCUGGUGAGCUGCACGAGAAAUCUGAUCUUAAAAUGAGCUAAUUCCACCAUGGAAAUUGAAAAAUAAAAAACAAUACAUGACCCUUUUAAUAUCAACUGUAGGCUAACAUUUACAUAUCAUGAAAAGACACAUCUUAACAGCGCCUUGUAUAUAACGAAAUGUAUUUAAGACUCAUUUUGUCGUCACAGUUAACAAAUAUAAAAAUAAAACCACUAGACUAAUUAGUCAGUUGGACGAUCUUAUCAAUAAUCAAGCAGUAUUUUGCCAAUUAAACACAGAUCUAGUCUUUCUUUCCCAUAAGACAGCUGUGCCGUGUUGGAAACACUCAGAAUGAUGUCCUUACCCUUUUUGUCCGUUAGAGGGCGCGCUGACUCCAGUCAGUCCAAUAAACAUCUCUUCUGAGACAGUGAGGUGUUGUGCUAAAUAUUUUGGCAUCACGAAUUAGUGCCGCAGAAACUUUAGCAGCUUCUGCUUCUCACUGUCAACAGCAAGCAAAACACUAUAUACUAACAUUUCCUGAACAUUUGACCUGUUUACAAUAAGUCAUCCUUUAGUGUUUAAUUUUGCAACAGAAAGGAAUUUUUAAACAAAAAGCAUUAAACUAAAAAGCCCAUGAAUCAGUUAAUCAUUUUCUUUCUGGCAAAUAAUGUAAUUUGUGUUGGCCUUAGAAAAUUCACAUCAUUCAGGGUCUAGUCAUGAUGAAUGAAUUAACGUGACCUUAAUGUGCUCUUUCACUUUCACUGCCUCUUGAGGGUCAAACACUUAAAAUAGUUGAAGGCCUUCCUACAUUUUGCCUUGUAAAACCUCAGUGUGUCCCUCCCCAUCCUAAUGUUCAUGUAAAUAAUGUAUGCAAUGAUAAUAAAUGAUACAUGCAAUUAA